CACCAUUCUACAACUUGCUGCCGAGGCUGUCUGUUCGUCCUUCACCCCUCUUCUGUCCCUUCCUUUUAUCACCCAGUCACUCCUUUUUUCUUGCCUUUUGAUUUAAAUCGACGUGCACACACUUUCUUUAACUUUGAUAGCAACCAAUCCGGAUUACAUCCUCGAAGGAUCCCCCACCAUAAAAUAGAAUCGGGUAGUGAUUUUUUACUUUUAUUUUUCUCUCUAGAAAGCGAUAGCCUUUGUCAGUAUGAUCUUUGUACGUUUGUCAAAUAUUGCCCUUGCGCUGCUUGCGGUAUUGCAGCUUAGCUCUGCCCAGCCUCACGGAGGGCGUCAUGGCAGAAGGUUUGCAACUCCUGAUGAGGUUGGCACUACCCCUACGACUUCUAGCACAAAGUCCAAGGGAGGGAUUGUCUAUUCUCCCUACAAUGCCGAUGGCACCUGCAAGGACGAGGCCACCUUUCUCUCUGAUACUGAGAAGCUUCGGGACUUCUCCUACCUCCGUCUCUACGGUAUCGACUGCAACCAGGUUCCCAAUGGUAUCGCUGCGGCAAAGAAGUAUGAUUUUCAGCUCUUCCUUGGUAUCCACAACGUUCCCGAUUGCGAAAAUGAGAUCGGGAAACUUAUCACCAUGGUUGCAAACAACUGGGCACUUGUUCACACUGUUUCUGUUGGCAAUGAAGUUGUCAAUUCCGGUCAGAUGAGUGCUGAAAGUGUCGUAGCUAAAGUUAAGAUCGCCCGUUCUCUUUUGGGAGCCGCUGGGUACACUGGAUCGGUUGUUACUGUCGACACUUUCGUUGCCAUCAUGGCCAAUCCUGUUCUCUGCGAAGCUUCUGACUAUGUUGCUGCCAACUGCCACCCCUUUUUCGACGGAAAGGUUGACGCUUCCGCCGCUGGUGACUUCUUGAAGACUCAGUCCGAGAAUGUUAAGAAAGCCUGUGGUGGAAAGAAGGUCUUGAUCACUGAAACCGGCUGGCCUCAUGAGGGCAGUCCUAACGGCGCUGCUGUUCCUUCCGUCGACAACCAAGGUGUUGCCCUUUCCUCCAUUAAGAACGCCAUGGGGCUUGAUGUGUGUUACUUCACUGCUUUCGACGAUAACUGGAAGACGGAUACUCCAGCUACUUUCAAUGCCGAGAAGCAUUGGGGUAUCCAAAAUCUCGGCUUCUAA